UGGAAUGUCAUUGAUGAUGGUAUCAUCAAUGACCCAGGCCCGUCCCAGCCGCCCAACCGAGGCCUAUGUUAAAGGAAGUGUUGUUGAGGAGGUCAAUGUGGAGGAGGACGCUGUCGAGGAGGUGCUGUCGAGGAAGUUGCUGUCGAGGAAGUUGUUGUGGAGGAAGUUUCUGUGGAGGAGGCUGCUGUGGAAGUAGUUGUUGUGGAGGAGGUUGCUGUGGAGGAGGUUACUGUCGAGGAGGAUGCUGUCGAGAUGAGUCGUCUAAGUUGGUGAAAGGUAAGGUUGUACGUUGUACAUGCCCCAGGCCCGUCCCAACCACCCAACCGAGGCCUGUGAUGAAAGAAGUUUUGUUGAGGAAGUUGCUGUCGAGGAGCUUACUCUGUAGGAGAUUGCUUCUGACAAAGUCGUUGUAGAGAAGGUUGCUGUUCGAGAAGAUGCUGUCGAAGAUAGUUGUUCUCGAAGAUUGUAGAAGCUAGUUUUAAAUGCUCCAGGCCUAUUCCAACCACCCAGCUAAGGCCUCUGUGAUAAGGUGAUUGUGA